CACAUCCGACAUUUAGGUUAUGUUUUAAAAGACUUGUCUCAGUUUGUUGCUUUGUCAUUGAAGUUGCAAUUUUCAAUACAAUUUUAUAACGUUCAGUAAGUUUUCAACGCAUAAAAAUGGCUUUGGCAGAAAUAUGCGGCCUCCAAGAUUUCGAUUCAUGGAAAAAUAAACACGAAUUGAAUAUCGACAUUGCUAAUUUCAACCAAAACUUCCAAAAUAACAUGGAAUUCGCUGUUCCGCCUACCUCUAACCCAGCAGGUAUGUUUGGAAAAUUAUCAAAAGAUGAAACCGGGAAGGAUAUCAAAAUACAAUUUGAUCAUGGUACAACAACUCUAGGAUUUCAAUAUCAAGGGGGAGUUGUUUUGGCUGUUGACUCUCGUGCUACAGGCGGAGCGUUUAUUGGUUCACAAACGAUGAAAAAGAUUGUUGAAAUUAAUGACUUUUUAUUGGGAACGUUAGCUGGAGGUGCUGCAGAUUGUGUUUAUUGGGACAGAGUCUUAUCUAAACAAUGUCGCAUGUACGAAUUAAGAAAUCGGGAGCGUAUUUCCGUAGCUGCUGCUUCAAAGCUUAUGGCUAAUAUGGUUUAUAAUUACAAAGGCAUGGGACUUUCAAUGGGCAUGAUGAUUGCUGGAUGGGAUAAAAGGGGUCCUCAGCUUUAUUAUGUUGAUUCUGAAGGAACAAGAACACCAGGAAAAGUCUUUAGCGUUGGUUCAGGAUCGAUUUAUGCUUUUGGUGUAUUAGAUGCCGGAUAUAAUUGGGAUAUGAAAGAUGAAGAGGCCUACGAAUUGGGACGUAGAUCAAUUUAUCAUGCAACCCACCGUGAUGCAUACUCUGGUGGAAUUGUUAGGGUGUAUCAUAUGAAAAAUACUGGUUGGGUUCAUAUUGAUAAUAAUGAUUGCAUGGAUAUGCAUUAUAAAUAUUUGGAAGAUAAAAAGGUUGCGGAAAAUCAAAUUGUUUAAAUUUAGGGUUCUUUUUAUAAUUUAAUGUGAAUGAUGAUUUUGUAACGUUUAAUAAAAUU